UCAUCUAAAGAUUCUUGUCUGUGUAAUCAAGUCAAACCCUUUCAGGUCUUUGCAGCAAGAAUCGAUGUGAUCGGCAGGGCCCUGCCUCUGCCUCUCAUUUUCUCCCCUUGCUGUGACUGCUUCACUAACAGACUGUGCUCUAGUUUAGAAGUUAGAGAUUCGACUUUGAGGCAGUGCUUUCUUUCCACUGCACUGCCACAAUUUUUUUACAAACGUAAUUCGAAUAGAAAUGUUCGUGACUUUCUUGUUUGAAGUUGUAGCUUUUGAUCAGUCUUGUAAACCAAACUAAAAUUCAGGAAAUAAGGUGACACCGGUGGCCAGCAGAAUAGCUGGCUGUUCGAAGAGUAUUUGUUGAAAUGUAGCGUCAGCUGGUGCGCUCAUUUGACGAACUAUUGACCUUCUCUGCUAAAUCACCAGGCAAGUGUGCACGAACAAAGUCGAAACACGAAAUUCUGUUGUCAUUCCCCCGAUCUUUCAUCAUUCUGGCAUGAUCUGACCAAUCCGUGGGUUGUAGCUGAAAAUACUUCAUUUCAACAAUGCCCAGAGGAGGCCGAUCUAAGAUUAGGCGGCGUAAGGUGCGUCACCGCCCACCCAACGUACAUCUAAACUCUGGAAAUCAAGCUGUGAUGCUGGAACAUUGCUCUUCAAUGACGUUCACUCCCGAUGGUGGUGGAAGUAACACUGACCAUGACUCAGCGAUGGAGGACUAUAUGGAUAACAUGCGCACGCAGAGUGACGGUGCCGCGCAGGUGUGUGUUGCCAACCUGGAGGGUCUGGUGGUCAGCGAUACGGAAGUCGUCAGUCGGCUGGCCCGGCUCACAGUGUGCCGCUCACAGGACAGCUCAGGUGCCUGCUCCAGUGCUCUCUCGAUAUCGGGCCAGUGUCGGAAAGCUUUGCGCCAUCGCUCCUCCAUCCGUGGCAAGAGAAAGCGGACCCAUGGCUGCACUUCGUCAGAGACUGGACGUAAACGCACGCGACGUGCAAGUGUCGGUGAUCAAUCAUGCGAUUGUAUUUCCUACUAUGUCCCAGCAUCUUUACCUGUUCCGGAUCAGAACAUGGUGGAUUCUUCUAUCUCCAAGGAAGAUGGAUCAUCUUGCGCAGAUGACACCUCGCCUAUGACGAAUUGUGGAAAGCUGCUGUGCACAGCGAGCGCUGACGUGGCAGAGGAGAGCUCCUUGAGUGAGUCCGAGUGCGAGGGGAACUGUGAUGCCGACGACGAGCUCAGCUGCGUCGAGACGCCAGCGUCGGGCUCCUCUGCCGCACCCAUCGCCUGGUGGGAACAGCGUAUGCUCUGCAGUCCGCAAACGAGUGAGGUGUUUGUUAGUCGUGGUGGCGAGGACACACCAACCAAUAGCGAGCAGGAACUGAGUAACCUUGUUGAGUCUGCAUUGGACUCGCUCUCGGAAUCUGGGAAACGAGGUUAUCAACGGCGCCUGCAGAUUGCCCAGCAACGAGGCAAUAAUUGUUCAAGAUUUCCAAACAAGACCAACUCGGGGCAACAGUCAACACCUGUUGUUAACAGCAGCGUCCAGUUGGCUGAGCUUGUCUGCAGGUUUGUCACGUUAGAGUCACGGAAGAGAAUGCAGCUACCCGUACUCCAGCCCUAUCUGCGUGAUGUGCUCUCAAGGCUGGUUUCAGCUUAUCAACUGCGCUGUCACUCAAAAGGAUCUGUCACAUUCGUUGCCAAGACCAAGAACACAUGUAUUCCUAGUGACUCGAAAAUAGCGGAGAUUCUCGGCAAGCCUAACUACUGCAGCAGCUCGCCAAGCGUUGACAGUGGAAAUCCACCCACUGACUCGGCCUCAAGAUUUCAUCCGUCCGGACCACCAAUCGGAGACAACAACUUGGGAAACCAGAUGUUGCGCAACAUGGGCUGGCAGCCCGGAAUGGGUUUAGGCCAAAGUGGCCACGGUAUUCUAGAACCGAUCAAUGCGUAUCGUCAGCCCGGGCGGCAGGGACUUGGCUAGACAAACGGCUCACUACAUGUAGGUGUGUAUGGCAUGACAUCCUCAGUCUAGUCAACAUGACGGAACCUACCUGAUACAUCCUACUGUAGCCUACUAGUACCACCGGUAUGUCGCAUCACCUAUCUAUAUCACUCUUGAUAGCAGCUUGAGACUUGCUCUGCAUGUCCCGGGUGUGUGACGUGCAUAGCUUACAGCCUCUGUGAUUCGGCCUAGAGACUCUCACUAUCACCUAUGGGUAUUUUCAUUAUGGUUUAUGUAUCCCCACCACACACACACACACACACACACACACACACACACACACACACACACACACACACACACACACACACACACACACACACACACACACACACACACAGAGUAGCUCGUACUUGAGAGUGUCGCCACUUUUGCUGUGCCUCUAUGACGAUCUCUUAGCUGCUUCAUGAGGCCAGUACAACGCCUGCUUUUUUUUUUAUUUAUACCACAUUGAUUUUAAUUAUUUCGCCGCGCUACGACCAGAGAUGCGGUUCUAUACAAGAUCACUAUAACUAUAUCACUUAACUCUUAGGUAGAAAUUACUUGUAUUCGUUUUCCCCGUCGUGUAGAUGCAGCGUUUCUCGUAUAUAAACAUCCUCGUCUAUUGUGCUAUCAGCGUGCCGUCGAGCAAUGUGUCUUGUUUUGUUUAGUAGCAUCUACGGUAACACGAAUCACGAUCAUUAUAGUAGAAUGUUUUUAACCUCAUCACACACUUGACUUGAAUACAGUCCACUAACCACGCAUAGUACGCUCUUAUGCACACAUCUCUAGUACUAGCAUAGCACCAUUGGCGACAUCGUGCCUCGCUCACUCGUAUGUUUUGUUUUUCGGACAGUCUUCUACGGUCAUCUGCUUGUAGGCCUCGUCACGGUUUGCUAGCGACGCUAGUUCUGCAUUGCUUGUUAGCUGUUUUCACCCUGCACCGGUCGUUUGUCCGUGUCUGUUGGAUACUAGCCUGUGCUAUUAGUUACAGUUGUACUGUAUGGAUCACGAUAACCUACUCAAUCACUGAUAUCAUAAUAUACAACAGUGCUUGCUAGUGCUUGCCUCUGCUCUUUA